AUGGCUUACGCCGCUGCUUCGUCGCCUUCAACCAUAAAUGGCGACACCCAAGCAAGUUUAAAACUUACUGGCUCACUCCCGAAACCUCCAAAACUACAUAAUGUCAACACAUCUGUUCCCCCCGCCCCCAAUCCCUCCUCCGCUCCGCCCUGUGCCUCUCUUUACUCAUAUACACCUAACUCAUUACGUCCUUCAUACACCUUCUCAAAUGCUUCGAGCCCUUCCGGCACCCCUCUACAAUCGGCUACUGACGCGCUCCGUGGUCGAAUACCCUCAUUCCCUCUGAUACCCCCAGCCCAUCUUGAGCUUGGAGAUUCAAUCAUGGCUGUUCCUGGGAGUGCUAGUGCUUCCGGGUCGGGGGAUGCGGCAACUCAAACGACAAACAAAGGCCCAGGAUUGAUGCGCAGAAUCUCCCGAGGAGCAGCCAACAAGCUCACUCGGAGGCGGCAAUCCGCGACCCAAAAUGAUAAGCGGGACCGUAGCUCCGGUCCCGUUAUCAUGCGCAGACGCAGUGACAGCAAAACUGGACAAAAUAGCUGGGAAAGUGCGCUUGAGUCCAGUAAUGAAGAAGACAGCAAUGAUGCUCUGGACUCUCUGGGAGUUUGGUGUGGCUCUGAGGCUUCUAGCUUGCAGAACGAGAUGUUUAUUCCCCCUACUCGCACGGUUAGUGCAGUUGCACCGAAAGUUGAUGCAAUGAUUCAGCGCGGCGUAAUCUUCACGAAAAUCACCAAGAAACGACGGAAGCAAGUGCGCUUCUUUCUCGAUCUCGACGCUGGCAAAGUUUACUGGGAUCUUUCGAAUCCGACGAAAAGGUUUUAUGUCGAUGACAUUAAGGAGAUUCGCGUGGGUGUCGAUGCGCGCAAUUAUCGUGAGGAACAUCAGGUUUCACAGGAUUUCGAAAGUAGAUGGAUCACCGUUGUCAUCGCCGACGCAGAACGAUCGAAGGGACGAUCUGUCAAGACACUGCACCUGAUUGCGCCGAGUGAUUAUACCCUUGAGCUUUGGACGACAACCCUGGAACACAUCUCACGCUAUAGAAUUGGUCUUAUGGCUGGCCUAGCUGGUUCUGGCCAGAGUGAGGCGGUCUUGAAAGCCCACUGGCAGCGUGAGAUGACCAGAUUAUAUCCAAAGGGUUUAAAGCUCGGCGAGCUCGAGAGCUUGGAUUUCGAGGCGGUUGAGAGUGUAUGCCGCAGCUUGCACAUCAAUUGCUCCAAGAAUAUGCUCCGCGCCCAAUUCUCUAAGGCGGACAAUAACAACAAGGGCAAGUUAUAUUUCUCCGAGUUCAGUGAUUUUGUUGCUCGUUUGAAGGAGCGGAAAGAUGUCAAAGCUAUCUUCAAAGAGCGUGUUGCAAGUUCUGAAGGCUUUACUUUGGAAGAAUUCCUAGCAUUCCUUCGUGACGUGCAGAACGAAGAUGUCGAGUCUGACCGAAGCUACUGGGUGUCUAUUUUUGAUCGGCUUGUGCGCAAAUCAAGGCCCCGUGCACCCAGUCUUCCAGAGCAUCCGGACGGAAGACCCACUGGAGUUCCGCGUCUGGGUCUUGAUGCUUUCACCUCGUUUCUAUCUUCUUCUUGGAAUGGGGUCUAUGCCUCCCGCGCCCCCCAGUCCAGGUUUGAUCGUCCUUUGAACGAAUACUUCAUCUCCAGCUCGCACAAUACGUACCUCCUAGGUCGCCAGGUAGCUGGUGCGUCCAGCACCGAGGCAUACAUCAGCGCUUUGUCCCAAGGGUGUCGUUGUGUGGAGAUCGAUUGCUGGGACGGAGCUGAUGGCCGACCCAUUGUCUCUCACGGAAGGACCAUGACUACCAGCGUCCUCUUCGCCGACUGCAUCACUGUCAUCAACAGAUACGCAUUCAUCAGCACAGACUUUCCGCUUAUCCUCUCUCUCGAAGUUCACUGCAAUCCCGAGCAACAACUAGCCAUGGUGAGAAUCAUGAAGGAGACCUUCAAAGACCAAUUAGUCUUGGAACCCCUUCUUACAAAUACGUUCGUCCUUCCGUCGCCCGAGGAUUUGAAGCGUCGCAUCCUUGUGAAAGUCAAAACUUGCGAUGAAACAGAAGGUGGCAUGCGACAAGAGUCUACGGGUUCCUCGAUCAGCGUCGGUCGAAAGCGCAGCUCAAGCUCCCCAUUUAUGCACCCGACGGUGCCUGAGUACCCUCCAGUUUCCAACCUUGUACCUCUUGCUGGGCCUUCCACGGCUGGCCAGGAUGGUAUCGAUACAUUCCUUUCCCAGGAUAGACGGUCCUUCACGACCACCAGCAUAAGCAGCGCCACGGAAGACAGUGAUGGCGCAUUGACGUCCAUGAAAAGGGAACGGAAACGACGCCAGAAGAGCAAGAUAACCAAGCCAUUGUCGGACUUGGGAGUGUAUACUCGAGGCUACAAAUGGCAUAGCUUCACGUCCCCGGAAAGCCAGCGGUAUAACCACGUGUACUCGUUCGCAGAGCGUUCUUUCGAGAGUAUCUGCCGCGAUGCAGAUAACAAAGCUGUUUUCGAGAAGCACAAUCGAAAGUAUCUGACAAGGGUCUAUCCAUCUGGCUUCCGUCUGAGGUCCUCUAACUUCGAUCCCCUCAAAUUCUGGCGUCGCGGAGUGCAGAUGGCCGCUUUGAACUGGCAAACCUACGAUGUUGGAAUGCAGUUGAACCAAGCCAUGUAUGCCGCCGGGACUGAUCGGACAGGCUACGUACUUAAGCCCGAGUCUCUUCGCACAGUGACCACUGGCGAAGAUAGAAGAAAGAGCACGGAGCGGAAAUGCGUUCGGUUUACGAUCGAAGUCGUCUCUGCUCAGCAACUACCGCGCCCUCGCAGCCUUGGACCGGACGAUAAUAUCAAUCCGUACGUGGAGGUUGAGAUAUUUAGUGCCGAUGAUCGAGGUCAGAGCUUCGUAUUUGGGGAAGGUGGCCUGAACACUUCGGCGCGCAGUGGCGUGUCAGGCAUUGGCUAUCCGCACCGUCGGCGCACGAAAAUCGAGCAGAGCAAUGGGUACAGCCCCAUCUUCAAUGAUUGCUUCAAGUUUGCGCUGGACACGAAGUAUCCCGACCUUGUGUUUGUCCGUUGGACGGUCUGGAGCUCGCUGGACGGCCGCAGUGCAGGGAACAACAGCAGUGUCCAGUUGGCCACCUUUACUGCCAAACUUACCAGCCUUUCUCAAGGAUACCGCUAUCUGCCGUUGUAUGAUGCAGGCGGCGACCAAUAUCUCUUUUCAACUCUGUUCUGCAAGAUUACUAAGGAUGGUAUCACUCCCGCCUACUUUGGACGAAUCGAUCCCGAUGACCUUCGCGCUGAGCGAUUGGGUCUUCUCCGUCAAAUCGGUCAAACCGUGUUCAAGCGCUCGUCAUCCACGGAGCGGGAGAAGGACUCUUUCUCCGACAAGGGUAGUGAGAUCCCGAUGAGCUCAGAGGACAACCAUUCUCCUACGUCUCCGACUCUGACGCCAACAGUGUCAGCGGCAUCUACUUCUUCGCUGCCUCCUUAG